GUUUCUGGCGUGGGCUCCAGAAUUUGCCUCCUGAGGGUUUCAUCCUGAGGCUGACUGACAGUCUACAGUCAACGGUUCUCUCCUCAAAGGCCAUUAGUACGACAAUGGUGUACCAUCGUGCCUUUCGCAAGUGGAAAGAUUUCGCUACCAGUAAGCUUCUUUCCUGCGCCUGUCCUGCAAGUCCCUGCCAUGUUGCCUUGUAUUUGCAACACCUCAUUGACUAGUCGCACUCUCCGUGCGUCGUAGACUCGGAUUUUUACGGUAUUAAAUGGGCUCAUACCAUGGCGGGUAUCCCCUCCCCUACGGAUAACCCAGUUGUUGAAGCGGUUAGAUGUGCUUCCAAAAGGAUUUUAGGUACUAGGGUAGUUAACCGUAAGGAACCAAUUUCUUCCUCGGUCAUCCAUGACCUUAUUGGCUUAGCCGACCUUCAAAACCCCGUUCAUUUACGUAAUGUCACUAUGUGCGUUUUGUCAUUCGCUGGCUUUUUUAGGGCCUAUUUACAUGGGGUGGGGGACCCCGGUCUAGUGGGGUUGAUUUCUUUUGUUUUCACGCUCUGGGGGCCACAAAACAAAAGAAACCUACCCCACUAGAUCGGGGUCCCCCACUCCAUGUAAACAGGGUCUUAGAUUUGAUGAUGUCUCCAGAAUUAGGAGGAAUGAUAUUUUCUUUCACGAGGGUUUCAUGGUCAUCAAGGUUCUCAAAAGUAAGAACGACCAACUCCGUAAGGGCGAUGAGGUGAUUUUUUCGGAAAUUCCUGGCCCUGCUUGUCCUGUCAAGCUUCUUUAGACGUACCUUGCACAUUUUUCUAUCCCCUCUAGCUCAAGGGAUCUCAUUUUUAGACCCAUCUCUAGGGGGAAGAACUCCUUUAAGUUAGUUUCCCAGGACAAGCCUAUUAGCUAUACCACAAUUACGGAGGCUUUUCGCAAAGACCUGAGAAGCGUCGGGGUUGACCCUUCCACUUUUGGUUUUCAUUCCCUGCGUUCGGGAGGGGCCACUUCCGCUGCUAAUAGUGGGGUUAGUGACAGGGUGUUUCAGAGGCACAGCCGCUGGAAGUCCGUUCAAGCCAAAGACACCUAUGUGGAUGAUGACCUAGAAAAA